AUAUUCCAACCCGUUCGCUGUACGUUCAUAUUAUUAUGCUUAAUCAGCUAAAUUCAGCUCAAAUAUUGGGCCAAAUCCGAAAAAUCUGAGUCCGACCCUUUUCACCUUACACAGUUUUCUUGCCGGUGAAUGUUCAUCAUCACUGAAUGCUCAAGGAUAGAGUUAGAAAGGCUUGUCCUUUACAGCAAACAAAGCACCGUAUUACUAUUAUUGAUGCACUUUCUGUCAAAAGGAGGUUGCGUUGGAGUUGAGCUUGGAUGGUGAUGUUAAUGGCGAGGCUUUUGGUACUUGGGUGGCAGUUAAUUUAAAUCGAUCGGUUUGGUGGUGAAGCUGUUCUAUUGAUUAACUAAUGGAGUUCUGCUUCUCCUUAUUCCUCCUUCUGAUUUCCUUCCCUGUGAUAUUGGCUCAAGAAGAUGUUGUACAAGCUAAUAUUGUAGUUGUUGCAGCUACAGCUGUUGGAGAAGUUGAUAGUAAGUUCAUAUGUGCUACUAUUGAUUGGUGGCCUCAUGAUAAAUGUAAUUACAAUCAAUGUCCUUGGGGAUACACGUCUGCGAUGAACCUGAACUUAUCUCAUCCUUUACUUGCCAAGGCAAUUCAAGCUUUCAAGCCCCUGAGAAUCAGAAUUGGAGGUUCUUUGCAAGAUCGAGUUUUGUAUGGUGUAGAAAGUUUGAAGGCUCCUUGCCAUCCAUUUCAAAGGAGGAAAGAUGGGUUGUUUGGAUUUUCUAGAGGAUGUUUGAAAAUGAGUAGAUGGGAUCAGCUGAACCAAUUUUUCAGUACGACAGGGGCUGUUGUGACAUUUGGCUUGAAUGCACUCUCUGGGAGGCACCGCAACAACAAGGGUGUUUGGGAGGGAGACUGGGAAUCUACUAAUGCUUAUGAUUUUAUUAAGUAUACUAUUUCAAAAGGAUACCAGAUUGAUUCGUGGGAAUUUGGUAAUGAGUUGAGUGGAUCUGGUGUUGGAGCAAGAGUUAGUGCUGACCAAUAUGGAAAAGACUUGAUCAAUCUUAAAAAGAUAAUUGAUGAGUUGUACAAGAACUCCAACUUAAAACCUUCACUUGUGGCACCUGGAGGAUUCUAUGAGCAUAAUUGGUUUUCAAAGCUUCUAGAUGUAACUGGUUCUAAUGUAGUCAAUACCAUCACUCAUCAUAUCUACAAUUUGGGUGCAGGUAAUGAUCCCAAUCUUGUAAGUAGAAUACUGAAUCCCUAUCACUUGAACAAGAUAGCAGGAACAUUCAUUGAUCUAGAGCAAACCAUGAAAGUGCAUGGUCCUUGGGCUUCUGCAUGGGUGGGAGAGUCUGGAGGGGCCUAUAAUAGUGGUGGUCGUGAUGUGUCCAACACAUUUGUUGACAGUUUUUGGUACUUAGAUCAGCUUGGAAUGGCAUCCAAGUAUAAUACUAAAGUAUAUUGCAGACAGACUCUAAUUGGUGGGAACUAUGGUCUUCUGGACAGAACCACAUUUGUCCCCAACCCUGAUUACUACAGUGCACUUUUAUGGCAUCAACUUAUGGGAGAUGGUGUUCUUGCCGUUGGGAGUGAUGCUUCACCCUAUCUACGCGCUUAUGCCCAUUGUUCAAAAGGAAGAGCAGGUAUAACUCUACUUCUUAUUAAUUUAAGGAAUCAGACCGAAUUUAUUGUUAAUGUCAAGAACAGUUUGAAUUUGGCUGUCCAUGGGAACACGAUUCGAGAGCAAAGUUCAUUCAUGCACGGUGUUAAGAGGACAAUUGCAUGGGUUGGCCAAAAAGCAUCAGAUGGACCAUUGUACAGAGAAGAGUAUCAUUUGACUCCACAUAAUGGCUACCUUCGGAGCAAAAUCAUGGUUCUGAAUGGAGUUCCAUUAGAGAUUACUGAGGAUGGAAACAUUCCAAAAUUGAAUCCUGUUCUUGUCAAAGAAAAUUCUUUAGUCUCAGUCAGUCCUCAUUCCAUCAAAUUUGUGGUAUUCCCUAACUUUGAUGCUCCUGGUUGUGCAUGAUUUAUCUUCAUUCAUCCCUGAAGAACUAUUUAACUGUGUUUCACUUAGUCAUAGAAGUGUAAGUUUAUGGCAAUUGUAAGUUCUGAGCUAUAAAAUAAACCUGCAAUAAUUGCCUGCGUGCGUAAAUUAAUUGUAUGGAAAGAACAUAGAAUGUACUAUCAAUUAUUUAUUGGAAUUAUUAAUAAUAUUAUUUUUUAUCUUUAA